UGCCAUACAGUAAGCGACGCUUAGCAAGCGUUCAGCGUUCUCACUUCUCAGUGUACAUAGGUAGACUGACAUUGACAGUUCGUUAAUGUAUGUUGGAGCAUGGCCUUCGUAACGACAAUAUUUACAAUGAUCGAAGAGUAGUCGGCUAACGAGUUUAUUAAAUCUCACCGACUAAAAUGUAAACUGUGUCAGUGUUUUGUAUUUUAAAUUAAUUUUGUUUUAUCAAUUUGUGUUUGUGGUUAUACGUUAUUAUUUCGUAACAAAAAUCCUGCUACCGCAAUGUCCAAUGCUGCAAAUUCAGUCCUGCUGACUACAUUCAACCGAGGGAAAAAGGGAUUGAGGGUAAUCUUUCAUAAUGAUAAAGUUGUAUGGGAUAACGAAAAACCACCGUCCGAGGAAUACACACUACCGGUAAUGAACAUCAUCGCUGUACACAGAAAUUACUUGCCAAGCACACACCCAGCAGAAGAACAAGAAAUUGAUCCAUACAGGUUUACUAUACAUUAUGCAGAACGACCUAAAGACGCCAAAUGGGUUUACAAAAAAAUUUGUUUUAAACAUACUGACGCAGCUCAAGUGACCUCUUGGGUAACAUCAAUUUCUACACGAUUAAAAUCUUUUAAAACUAGACCAAAACACAUUUUACUUUUUGUAAAUCCAUUUGGUGGCAAGAAAAAUGCAAUGAAAAUCUAUGAGAAAUAUGGGAAACCGUUGUUCCAUAAGGCUGGAAUUGAAGUAACCGUAAACGUUUCUCAAAGGAAAGACCAGAUUAAAGACUUUCUCAUACAUCACAAUCUGGAUAUGUAUGAUUCUGUAGCAUGUGUUGGAGGAGAUGGUACUGUAUCUGAAUUAUUUAAUGGAUUGGUUCUGAGAGAGUGUAAAAAAGAUGGUGUAGAUGCAAACGAUAUUAACCAAGUCUUGCCAAAGCCAAAAUUGCCUAUUGGUAUAAUUCCUGGUGGCAGUACUGAUACUAUAGCUUAUUGUAUUCAUGGUACUACAGAUCCCACAACAGCAGUACUACAAAUAAUAUUUGGAGAUACUCUUGGUUUAGAUUUAGUCUCUGUACAUGAUGAAAAUAGUUUGUUGAGAUUAUUUGCAAGCGUUUUUAGUUAUGGUUAUUUGGGUGAUGUAGCAUAUCAUAGUGAUAGAUUUAGGUGGAUGGGUCCACGUCGUUAUGAUUACUCAGGGCUCAAAAAACUAGUUGCGAAUAAAGGAUAUUCCGGCCAAAUUGCAAUAUUCUCCGACAGACACAAAAUCAUAGAGGAUCGUUGCCGCGAGAACUGCAGCAGGUGCCUGAUAAGCAAGGAUCAGGACAUCAGCAACUGUCAAUGGGAAAUAAUUGAGGGAAAAUAUUUCAUGGUGAGCGCUGCGAACAUCAGCUGCGCCUGUUCGCGGGCUCCAAAGGGCAUAGCACCUUACAGUCACCUGGGUGAUGGAAUGAUACAUUUGGUGUUGGUCAAGCACACGUCGUUUUUCAACAACAUCCGAUUGCUGUUCCGAUUGUCGAGUAAAAAUCAAACGGUUAACGAUUUACCCUUCGUCGAGACUUACUGCGGUAGAGAAUUCUGUUUCAGAGCCACUGAUUCGCCCGGAAUAUGGAACGGUGAUGGGGAAAUACAACAACAAACGAAUAUACGCGCCAAAGUCCGUUGCCAAUUGCUCACCAUUUAUAGUAGAGGCAGUCCCCACCAAGAUUCUAUUGAUGUUAAAUGCUGUGCUUUUUAGCCAUUUUGCCUUAUAUCAGUAUUUGUUAAUCAAAAAGUAUUGCUCAUUAGAAAUUAUAUAAGGUGAUAUUUGUGAUUGACAUAAUUAAUUGUUAACUUAAAAUCAAUCAUUCUAUUUUUAUAUUUUUGUUAAAAUAUUAAAUAUUAUAAGAUGUUACGUAAUUUUACGCGAGGCCGCAUAUACUUAAAAUAUUUGCUCUAUUAUAGACUGAUUCUCAUUCCUUUAUUGUAGAUAUAAAUAAACAUAUAAAUGAAAGAGACUUUUUUUGAGGUUGUUAAAAAGAAAAUUGUUACCCAGUCCUAGACUUAAGUUGUUUUACAUAUAUAAUAAAAAUAAAACAAUUAUAAACA